AUGGCUGCGAAGAACGUCCUUCGCAGAGGAGUCCUCUAUGUCCCCGGAUCCUCACAGCGCUUCCUGGACAAAUCCCGCACCCUCACGGCCGAUUGCAUCGCCUACGACCUCGAAGACAGCGUCACGCCGGCGAAGAAGGCCGAAGCCCGCACACUCGUCCGCAAGGCCCUGGACCAGGAGUCGCCUCCCAACAUAAAAGAGCGGGCGGUGCGCAUAAACAGCGUCGGUAGCGGCCUGGCGCUGGGCGACCUGGAGGAAGUGGUCAAGUCGCCGAACCUGACGACGCUGGUCGUGCCCAAGGUGGAGAGCGCGAGCGACCUGACCUUCAUCAGCGACGUGCUCGCGCACGCCCGCUCGCGGGACCACCUGCAGGCCAAGGGCGAGAUCAGCGUGCUGGCGCUGAUCGAGUCGGCCAAGUCGCUGCUCAACCUGCCCGAGAUCUGCCGCGCCGCGCCGCACCUGCUGCAGGGCCUCGUUUUCGCAGCCGAGGACUUCGCGCUGGACAUGAGCAUCACGCGCACGCCCUCGCUCUCCGAGUUCCUCUACGCCCGCCAGCUGAUCGCCACCGCCGCGCGCGCCCACAACCUGCCCUCCACCAUCGACCUGGUCGCCACGGCCUUCCGGGGCGAGGGCGACGAGGAGGCGCUCGUGCGCGAGUGCGAGGAGGGCAAGCGCAUGGGCUAUAACGGCAAACAGUGCAUCCAUCCGUCGCAGGUGGCCACCGUGCAGCGGAUCUUCUCCCCGAGCGACAAGGAGGUCGAGUGGGCGGUCCGGAUCGUCAUUGCCCAGAAGCGGGCCGAGGAGAUGGGCAAGGGUGCCUGGAGUCUGGACGGUAAGAUGAUCGACAAGCCCGUCGAGGGCAAGGCGGAACGGAUCGUCGAGAAGGCCGCUUUGUGCGGCAUGGAUGUCGAAGGGUUGAAGGAGAAGUGGAAGGAUCAGAUGCCCGAGUGA